AACAGGACGGGUUGUGUCCUUUCUUCUUCAUCGGAGUUUCCUGAAGGAUUUUUCACACCGCAGGAGAGGAAGGAUGGAGGAAUCGUCAUCUAUUUCAUAAUUAUACUUUACAUGUUUUUGGCCGUGUCCAUUGUGUGCGAUGACUACUUCCUACCUUCUCUAGAGAUCAUCAGUGAAUGCCUUGGCCUCUCUCAGGAUGUUGCUGGAGCAACUUUUAUGGCUGCUGGAAGCUCUGCUCCAGAGCUUGUCACUGCUUUUCUAGGAGUCUUUGUGACAAAGGGAGAUAUCGGCAUCAGCACCAUCCUUGGAUCAGCAAUCUAUAAUCUUCUCGGUAUUUCUGCAGCUUGUGGGCUGUUUUCCAGCGUGGUUUCGAGGCUAUCCUGUUGGCCGCUGUUUAGAGACUGUCUGGCAUAUACAAUUAGUGUAGCGGCGGUCCUUGCGAUGAUAUCUGACAACAGAAUUUACUGGUAUGAAAGUGCAUCCUUAUUACUGAUAUAUGGGUGUUAUAUUCUGGUACUAUCUUUUGACAUUAAAAUCAACCAAUACCUCAUGAAGAAGUUCAGUCCCUGCUGUACGUGUUUGGUAAAAGCUAUGGAAAAGAAUGCUGAGCAGCAACCACUGGUUGGAUGGAGGGAAGAGAGUGGACCUCUAAUUAGUCAACAGUCAAGGACCGAUAGCGGAAUUUUUCAGGAUGAGCUGGACAACUCUCAACUAUCAACAAGCUUGCAUGGGCUUGAUGAAAUCUCUGAAGACUAUCCAAGUGUCUUCACCAUGCCUGAAGCAGAUAUUAAGAGAAUUUUGUGGGUGUUAUCCCUUCCUAUUAUUACACUACUCUAUUUGACUAUACCAGAUUGCAGAAGACAGUUUUGGCGGAACUGGUUCAUGGUGACAUUUUUAAUUUCAGCAGCAUGGAUUACUGCAAUAACUUAUGUUCUUGUAUGGAUGAUAACAAUAGCAG